UUAUUCAUUUCUUUCUUUUUUUUUUUUACUGAUAGUUAAUCUUUUCAACUAUUGAAUUUUAUUAUUUAAUCGAAAAUUUAUUUUAUUGUUUCUUUUGAUUAUUUUUCUUUUUUUUCAUCAAUGAUGAUUAAAAUUAAAUUGUGAUUUUUGACAAAGGUCUUGACGUUUAUUUUUGGUAACCAAUGAUAGCUCACCAGUAUUACGUAAAGUGUAUUAAAGUGGCUACCUCUUUUCAUCUCUUUUUCCAAUUUUAUCUCAACAUUUAUUUUUUUUUUUUAUUUUUACAUUGAGACUUGCUUUUUUUUCCCUCAAAUAUUUAUUCAAUUUUUGCAAAUUAAAAUGUGCAUUCUAGCAAAUAAUUAACAUGGUUUUGCAUACUUAAUAUAUUUUCAUUUUAUUGACAUAAAAAUUUGUCAAUUUAAAUGUAUAUAUUUUAAAUAAAUUAAAAUUAAAUUAAUUAUUCAAACAAAUUACAAUGUCAUUUUUUAAUAAAAAUCGAAAUUUUUUAAAAAUACACAGCGCCCUCUAUAAAGCUCAGAGAAAUCAAAAUAAAAAAAAUGAACUUUUUAGCUCCACAUCAGCAAAAAAAAAAAUAUAAAAAAAUAAUAAUUUAUUAUUUAUUCAAUGCAGUUUAAAGAGAAAAGAAAAUAUUUGCAUUUUUUUUUUUUUUAAAUUUAAAAUUAAAAUUGAUAUUUUUAUAAAUAAUUGAAUAAAUUUUUGAUGAUAAUAUUAGUUUCUAAUUUAAAUAGCUUUUUUUGUUAAUAAUUAAUUUAACCAGACAAUAUUUAUAUAAAUAUAUAUAUCAGUAUUGCCCAGCCAAGCUCCAACCACUUCCAAGGUCUGCUCCAACUCACCCAUAUUAUUAUCAUUAUAAUUUAUCUCACUUGGUAUAAUAAUCUUACUCAGUCUUACCCACGUCAACUUGAAAUAAACGUAUAUACGUAUACUCACCUACAUCAUCAUAAUAAUAUUUAAACUCUCCAACAACAAGUCCCGAUUGGAUCCCGAUUGGAUCCCACAAUACUACGACGUGCCUUGUUGACUGUUGUCUUGCUUCCACUUGCUUCUUUCUUCACUGGUUUAGCUUUUUUACAUACUUACUUAGUUACUUGCUUACUUGGUUACUUGAUUCACCAACCAACUCGACAUAUAUUCAUAUUAAUUUUAUAUAUCAUUUUUAUUUUGCUAUCGAGUUGUGUCAGUUGUCAUAUGGACAUCAUUUUAAUAACACAUCAUCACUGAUCAAUCAAUAAUAGCCGGUUACUAUUUUAUUCAAUUUUUUUUUUAUUUUGCUUAACUUAAUUAAUACAAUGGUGAGAAAAGAUAAAAUUAGACGAAAUUACGAUGAAGAGGACCUUCCUGACUAUGGUCCUGUUGCUGGUCUUAUUUACUGGCGUCGACCUGAAGAGACUGGAAUCGUAUUUGGUGGAAUACUGGGAAUUCUUUUGUCUCUGGCCUACUUUAGUUUGAUCAGUGUAUUUUCAUAUACUGCCCUUCUCAGUCUUACAUUGACAUUUGGAUAUCGUAUUUACAAAACUGUUAUGCAAGCUGUUCAAAAAACAUCUGAUGGACAUCCUUUCAAAGAUAUUCUUGAUAUUGAUUUGACAGUAUCUGCUGAUAAAGUACAUCAAGUUGCUGAUGUUGCUGUAGUACAUGUUAAUGCUGCUGUUUCUGAACUUCGUCGACUAUUUCUCAUUGAAGAUUUUAUUGACUCACUUAAAUUUGGUGUUGUUUUGUGGUGCUUGACCUAUGUUGGAUCUUGGUUCAAUGGAAUGACUCUUAUCAUUAUUGGAGUUGUUGCACUUUUUACACUUCCCAAGGUUUAUGAAACAAAUAAAGUUCAAAUUGAUCAAAAUCUUGCUUUAGUUCAAGCUAAAAUUAAUGAACUCACUGCAAAAGUCAAGGCUGCAAUUCCACUUGGUAAAAAAGUUGAAGCAGCGAAAGAAGAGUAAAUAAAUCUAAAAGAUUAUUCUAUUAUUUAUAUAAUUAAUAUAAUUAAAACAGAUUUAUAAAAAUUAUAUAAAAACAAACAAAAAACAUAAUAAUUAUCAAGAGAAUUAGCAUGAAAUUUUGCACUCUUGUUAAAUGGCCCAAUGUGUUUUUAAUAUUCAUUAAAAUCAAUCGAAAUAAUUACAAAAAAAAUAAUAAUGGGUCAACAAUAUAUUCAUAAUUAAAUCAUAAAUUUAUUUUUUCUUUUUUUAUUAUCUCCCAUUAUUGUAAUAACGCACUGACGAUAGCAAAAAAAAAAAAAAACAAUGAAGAUCAUUUAAAAAUAUUUGUUAUAUUGAUUGUAAUAAUCAUAACGCAUUGCUUAAUUGCAAAAAAAAAAAUUUAAUUGUCAAAACACAGGGGCAAAAAAAAAGAAGAAAUUAUAAAGAUAAAAAAUAUAUAUUUAUGAUUUUAAUGAUAUCUUGUACUAUUCCAUUUGUAUCCAAACCCUCCCCGCCAUAAAUAAAUACUCAUUAAUAAUAAAAUUGAUAUAAAUUAUAAUUUUCAUCAAUUUUUAUUCUAUAAUUAAUUUAUAAAGUAAAAAAAAAACAACACAAGGCGGAGGAGUAAUAAUACUAAAAAAAAAUUUAAAAAAUAAUAAUAAUUAUGUACACAGUUGAUUUAUUAUUUAUUUUUUAUUGCACUGUGAAAUUUUUUUGCGAAUAAAAACGAUAAAAUUAAUCAUAAAUAAAGGCACAGAGUCACUUGAAUUAUUUGGAUGUUUAUCACGACAUUGUUUAUUGUUGUGAAUAAUUAAUAAUUAAUAUUAAUAAUAAUAAUUUUAGAAAAUAUUGAUGCAUAAAGGUUGUGGUUUAUUAAUAUUGCUUGGUAAAGAUUUAAAAAAAGUAAUAAAAUGUUUGAAAGUUUAAUGGAAAAAUAAUAGAAAGAAAAAGGGGCACGUAUGGCAAAAGUUUUUACAUGAAAAAUAAU